UUGGUGUUUUUUAUUGGAAAGCAUUUAAAUAUAGACAACCAAGCUUUGUGAAAGGUGAUUCAUACGCAUUUAGAAAACAAAAGUCUUCUUCUUCUUGUUUUGGUUGGUGUGUGAUUCCGGUGGAAAUGGGAGCAGUGAAGGAGACUUUUUACUUAUCGCAUGGAUCGCCGAUGAUGUCUAUAGACGAGAGCAUAGAGGCCAGGCAGUUCUUCCGAUCCUGGCGAACUCAUACCUUCCCACAUAAACCCAAAGCCAUUCUCAUCAUUUCCGGCCACUGGGACACCCCUCGUCCCUCCGUUAACGUCGUUGAUCGCAACGACACCAUCUACGACUUUUAUAAUUUCCCCGACGCCAUGUACAAGCUUAAGUAUACGCCACCAGGAGCUCCCGCGUUGGCAAAGAGGGUGAAGCAAUUGCUGAUGGAACGCGGUGGGUUCCAAACUGUUGAUGAGGAUACAGAGAGGGGGCUCGAUCACGGUGCUUGGGUUCCAUUGAUGUUCAUGUAUCCUGAGGCUGAUGUGCCUGUGUGUCAGCUCUCUAUUCAGUCCCACAGAGACGGCACCUACCAUUACAAUAUGGGGAGGGCGCUGUCCCCUCUCAAAGACGAAGGCGUCCUCAUUCUUGGUUCGGGUGCUACUACUCACAACUUGAGGGCCCUUCAACCCCAGGGCUCUGCACCUUCUCCUUGGGCUUUGGAGUUUGACUCGUGGCUUCAAGAAGCUCUUCUUCAAGGACGAUAUGAAGAUGUAAAUCAGUUUGACGUGAAGGCUCCUCACGCAAAGAAGGCUCAUCCUUGGCCAGACCACUUUUACCCUCUCCACGUCGCCAUGGGCGCUGCAGGUGAGAAUUCUCAAGCCAAACUCGUGCACCACAGCUGGAGCAAUGGUAGCCUCUCUUACUCUUCUUACCAGUUUACAGCAGACCAAUGAAAUACCAUUCUGUUCAAUACAUUUACAUCAGCUGUUUUAUCCUCCCGACUUGGAGACACAAAUUAAAACUUACCAGUCCAAUGUAAAAUUGGACGAAUGAUUGUAAAGUCGCUCAUGAUUGCUUUCGUACUUAUUAUUUUCCUCUGCAGAUAUCUAUAUAAUAUACUGAUAAUUGCAAAAAACGUGACAUUCAUUUAAUCUUAAGCAAGAAUUGGAUUA